AUGUUGUCUUCUGAAAAGCGCCCCGUUAGGGUGGCCAACUGCUCCGGGUAUCAUGGGGAUCCGGCAUACGAGAUGUAUCGACAGGCAACACUCGGCGAUGUUGACCUUAUUACGGGAGAUUACCUCGCAGCCCGACUAGAAGUCAACCUUGCCAACAACGCCCAGGCCUGGAGAGAUGGAAAGCAUCCAGGAUACGAAGCAACUGCCUGGGAGGGACUUCGGCAGACGAUUGAUGUUAUUGCACAGAAGCGUAUCCGAGUGGUCAUUAAUGGUGGCGCUUUGGAUCCCAAAGCUCUUGCCCUGAAGACUCAAGCUCUGGUUUCCGAAAAGAAUCUGGAUCUCCGUGUGGCAUACCUUCUAGGCGAUGACUUGUAUUCCCACGUUGGACCGAACAUGCCCACCACAAAGGAAGAACUAAGUCAUCUUGACUCGGGGAAUCCUAAUGUCGUACCGUCGGAUCUAACAUACGCAUUUUUGAACACGCAGAAUGAGAAACCUAUCCCCAUGAUAUCUGCACAUGCUUAUUUGGGAGCUCGUGGCAUUGUGAAUGGCCUGCGUCGAGGCGCCGACAUUAUCAUUUGUGGUCGAGUUGCAGACGCAAGCCCUGUUAUAGCAGCAGCCUGGUAUUGGCAUGACUGGUCAGAGACAGACUACGACAAUCUUGCUGGGUCAUUAAUUGCUGGGCAUUUGAUUGAAUGUUCUGCAUACGUGACGGGCGCCAACUUUGCCGGAUUUGAUAGGUAUGAUCUGGAUGACCUCGUGGCCCCGGGGUUUCCUAUCGCUGAGAUUGACGCCGACGGCACUUGCGUUAUCACUAAACACUCAGGUACGCCAGGUAUCGUAAGUGCAGAUACUGUCUGUUGUCAGCUCCUUUACGAACUCCAGGGAACGACCUAUCUCAAUAGUGAUGUUAGCGCUUAUAUUGCCGAGGUGAAUAUCGAGGAGGAGAGCAAAGAUCGGGUACGUGUAUCCGGUGUUCGAGGAUUCCCACCACCGGCGACCACCAAGCUUGCAGUCUUCUAUCAAGGAGGAUACGAGGCCCAACUCUUGCUAAAUGCAACGGGGUUUGCGACAGGGAAAAAGUGGGAUCUUCUCGAACGGCAAAUACUCCAUUUUCUCCCCGAAGAAGCGAAAAGAAGUCUGGAGACGUUGGAAUUCCAGAGAAUUGGAACACCCGCAUGGAAUCCAAUGUGCCAGGGCGAAAGCACUACCUAUCUUCGAGUAUUCGUGACCUCCCGCUAUGAGAGCGCUGUUCUUACGGUGGCAAAGGCCAUGCAGGAAAUUUCUCUCAAGCACUUUUCUGGGUUUCAUGCAUCACUGGAUACCCGGACAGCCAUACCGCGGCCUUUCCUUGCAUACUAUCCAGCGUUGAUUAAACAGGCCGACAUUCAUGAGGAAAUCAACCUGAUCCAUGGGGCCGACGAUAUCCGAUCGUAUGAGACCGGUCAUCCUCCACAGUAUCAAGAUCUUAUUACGCGAGAGAACUACGACCCGACUGAUCCCCAUGUCUUUACAGGACCUACCACGCAGCUCCGCCUUGGGGAUGUUGCUCUUGGCCGAUCAGGCGACAAGGGGGGCAAUCUUAAUUGUGGAAUUUUCGUCACAAAUCCCAGCCACUGGCCAUGGCUUCGAUCAUACAUGACGAAAGACCGUAUGCGCCAGCUCAUCGGCAAAGACUGGCAUGACAGCUUCUUCCUGGAACGGGUUGAGUUCCCAAAGAUCCAGGCCGUACACUUUGUCAUCUACGGGAUUCUCGGACGCGGUGUAAGUAGUAGCAGUCGUCUAGAUGGGUUUGGAAAGGGAUUCGUCGAUUAUAUUCGCGACAAGUUUGUGGAUGUUCCUGGGGAGAUAUUGGAAUGAUUCCGUUCGGUGCCAUGAUGGUAUUGCUAUGCCGGAAUGUGGUCGUUUAUUCGCAAACCGGUCGUUGUUGUUUUACGCGUAUGUAGGCGCCUCCCGCUUUGGGAAACUCGGAUCGGAAUCCGACCUUGCGACGCAGGGAAGGAUCCGCGGCAGGUUCCGAUAAUCAGCAGGAGGAUUACGGUCAGCUGGCAAGCUCUGGGACUGCUUAGGAUAUACAUAU